CUGGGAUAUGACCGUCAGUCCGCCCCAGUGCACGUCGAGGUCCGACUUCUUCUCACCAGACAUCGACUGCGACGACUGCUACAGCCUGGGCAUUCGACAGGGACUCGUCGAGUCCAUCUUGGAGCGACGAUUGCAAGAGCUCUGUGGCGUUCAGGUGCAGCGGGGGUGGUCGUUUGACGAUGCCACGCUUCAGGGCCAGUCUGUCAGUAUCGGACUCCAGUCUUCGUACGGCGAGAGGCGGCAGAUGCAGGCCAAGUAUCUCGUCGGGUGCGAUGGCGGCAAGAGUGCAGUGCGUCGGAUGCUGCGCGAUAAGCACAAUGUGGCGCUCCGAGGCGAUGGACACGACUCGCGCUGGUCGGCCGUCGAUGUCAUCGGUCUGCGCUCCGACUUUCCCGACUUGCGCAACCUCUCGAUUCUCCACGGCCACACCUCCACCAUUCUCAUCAUCCCGCGCGAACCGAUUGAGGGAAAGAGCUGCGUGCGCUUCUAUUGCCAGCUUCCCGAAAGCGACGACGAAGGCGGUCCCAGCAGCGACGAGAACAAAGCGGCAGCUAAUCCUGACCUCGACGACGUGGUCCGUGUCGUCAAGGCGACGUUCGCGCCGUAUGCAGUCGACUGGGACGAGGUGCACUGGUUCACCAUCUAUCGCGUCGGCCAGCGCCUCGUCUCCUCGUUUGAUGUGGAGCGCUGCAUCUUUCUGGCAGGGGACGCUGCACACCUCCAUUCGCCCAAGGGCGGGCUCGGCAUGAACACCAGCUUGCUCGAUGCCCACAACCUUGCCGUCAAGAUCGCCCUCGUGGAGCGGUGGGGCGCCAGUCGCAUGGUACUCGACACAUACAGCCAGGAGCGCCGACUCGUGGCCGAGCAGCUCAUCAGCAUGGAUCGUGAGCUCAUCCGGCUCUUUUCUAACCAUCGCAAUGCCACACCAGAGACGACUGCGGCGUUGGGCGCCUUCCAGCGCAAGACCGAGGCCUAUCAAAGUGGCACAUCGAUCGUCUACACGGGCAGUUCCCUCGUCACGCCCAGCGAGACGACCGUCGUGGACGCUUUGGGCGACGAGGGCUUGCCGAGGGGGCUCGUGGCCGGUGCGCGGUUGCUGCCAGCUACCGUGACUCGGCACGAGGACUGCAAUCCCGUGCCCGUCCUCGAUGCAUUGCAGCCCUUUGACGGCCACUUUACCGUCUUUCUCUGUCUUGGCCACGUAUCCGCCACGGCCGUCUCCACGCUGCUCGCCCACAUUGCGCGUCCUGGAGGUCUAUAUACCUCUAUGCGCGACAAGUCCGCCUCCUGGCCCCAGCUGCUCCGCCUCGUCGCCGUCACACUCCAGGACCACCGCUCGCUCGAGGUGACGCACUCGCUGCUGCCCGCCAUGGCUUCGCCUGCGUCGCCCCUUGCGCCCUCUGCCUUGUAUUGCGACGACGUGCCCUGCCUGUCGCCCUAUGCAAAGACGCCGACGGCCAUGACGCACCCGCUCCACACAAAGUGGAAGGUAGACGCGAGCACAGGCGCGCUCGUCGUUGUGCGGCCCGACGGCCACGUGGGUGCCCUCACCGCGUCUCUCCACGACUGGGCCACCGUCGAGGACUACUUUGCCCAGUGGCUGUCCCCAGACGCACAGCGGCCCUUCUGAUUCGCCUUGUCUGAUAGCACGGCAUCUCGUAAUUGCAA